AUGAGCGAAAAAAGAAUUAUUGAAUUGUCUAGAACGACGGAUGACCAACUCAUGAAACUCGCUAAUUCGCUUGGAGUCAACGUAGAUCAAAUUGAUUUCAAGCAGCAUUUGAAUCGCAACGCUGACUAUGCAAUUAUCAACAUGGGCAAUCCUCAGAUCGGUGGCCACGUGUGA